AUGAAUGGUACGAGAACCAACGAUGAAAUUAGACCUUACGAUAAAAACAAUUCUCUCGCACUUAUCGAGCGUGGCUUCGCUGCUAUUACGCAAGCCCUCAUAAAGCAGAACGAAACCGCACAAGAAUCUUUUAGAGGAUUAAUGGAUUGGGCCACUUCCGCGGGCCGCCUUUACAAGGCACUUGGAAUUCUUUUAAUCAAGGGCGCGACUACCCUCGCCCCAUUUUUAGACCAUUUAAUUAGCAAGGGCCGCUUGAACCACCGAGCGCUUCUAAAACAUUGCCAGGAAUUACUUCUACAGAACACUCAGCACCGGUAUCGGAUUCCGGACGCUGCUUUGAAAGAGUUGCAAUGGUGGCAAGUAAAUUUAGCCCAGUUCUCGCCCAUUCACUACCCUCCCGUAACAGAAUACCUACUAACAGAUGCAUCUGCAGCAGGGUGGGGAGCUCAGUUGAACAAUCUGAGACUGUCGGGCCUAUGGUCCGUAAACGAGGCGAAUUCACAUUCCAACCAAAGGGAAAUGAGGGCCAUUUGGUACACAUUGAAAGACCAUUGUCGGCACCUGGUAGGCUCAUCCCUAUUAAUUCAGAGCGACAAUCGAACGGUGGUUUCGUAUUUGAGAAACGAGGGUGGUACCAAGUCACACCCCUUAAUGGAAAUGACUUACAAAAUUUUCAAUAUCUUAGACCUUUACAACAUCCAUAUGGUGGCUCAGUACAUUCCUGGCCGAUACAACGGAGAAGCCGAUCAGUUAUCCCGCUUGACCUAUCCUCCCGAAUGGCAUCUACUUCCUCAGAUAACGUCCACAAUUUUCUCCAAGUGGGGUCGUCCAGUAAUAGACCUGUUCGCGUCAUCAAUAGCCCAUGUAGUCCCAGUAUACAGCGCACUCGAUGUGAGGGAUCAAAAAGCUCACUUCCACGAUGCGUUCAGCCAGGAGUGGCACUAUCCUCUGGCGUGGGUGUUCCCGCCGCCUUUUCUGAUUCCACGCGUCCUUCAGCACCUCAACUCGGCAACUGGAAUAUACUUGAUAGUAGUCCCCAGGUGGACGAAAGUGUUUUGGAGGCCAGACUUAAAGAACCGUGCGCUGAGUCCUCCAUUCACAAUUUGGAACUUGGAACAAGUCCUAGUCGACGCAACAACGAGUCGACCUCCUCCGCUAGUUUCGGAAAUUACCCUGGAAGUGUGGAGAUGUGGGGGUGGACCAAAAGUCUUGUAG